AUGCACUUUGUAGAAGGGUUUGUAAUUGAUGUAAAGCUGGCAUGUAGACAUGAUGUUGUUGUAGAAGCACUCAGUCAAAUUUUGUUAUAUUUUGUUUUAGUUGUGGUGGUAUUAGUGGAAGUGGUGGUUUCUAAAACUUUUGGUAAGUCAUGCAUGGUAGAGGCAGAACUCGCAGGCACCAAAAUCCAGUAUCUCAAGCUCAUAAUACUCCUAAAGAAAGACAUGUUGGAGGGAGAUAACUCUGUAGAGAGAGCGAUGAAACUUGGAGCAAAAUUUUUUAUGGGUACAUCUAAUCCAGCCGAUGCUGAACUUUGGAUGAAGACUUUGGAAAGCACAUUUGAUGUGAUAGAAUGCUCAGAGGAUAAAAAAUUACGCAUUGCUGUAUUUUUAUUGAAGGGGGGAGCUGCUGAUUGGUGGAUUUCGUUCCGAAGUCAGUAUCCAGAUCCAAGUAUCAUCACCUGGACCAUUUUCAAGAAAUCUUUCUUUGAGACAUAUUAUCCACCAUUUUAUCGUGAUGCAAAACAAAAUGAAUUUUUAAGAUUGGUGCAGGGGUCUAUGCUUGAGAUCAAAGUUCGGCCUAUGGUUACUGCUCAUGGGCAUCAAAAUUUUGGUUUAUUGCUUGAGGCGGCAUUGAGGGUUGAGAUAGCUAUUCAUGAAGGAAGUAAUCAAGGAGUACAGAGAAUUCAAGGAGCGAGGCAGAGUGAGGCUUCUGAUUAUCGGAGCUUUCCACAGUGCCAGUCUUGUGGGAAGUUUCAUCCAGGCGAGUGUCUUCGAGGGGUUGGAGUUUGUUAUCAAUGUGGUCAGAUGGGACACAUAAGGAAAGAUUAUCCAGCUAGAUCUCAGCAGAUUGGAGCAUCUCAGAUAGUAUCUCCACAGCCAGGGAUCCGUAUGACUAGACAGAACAGGGAUCAAAGAACUCCAUCAGCAGGGUCGAUGGGGGCCACACAAUCUAAUGCUGCUAGGGGUAGUGCUUCUAGACAAGGAGUCCAGGCAGGUCGAUCCAGGACUCAGGGCAAGGUGUUUACUAUGACACAGCAGGAGGCAGAGGAGUCACCAGAUGUGGUAGUGGGUAUGUUAUCUAUUUUUGGUAGAAAUGCUUGUUCUUUAAUUGAUUUGGGUGCUACGUAUUCCUUUAUUUCUCACACACUUGCUAGCACACUUGCUAGCUAUGCUAAUCAAAUGUCAGAGUCUUUAGAUAAUGAAUUGGUAGUAAUGACUCCAGUAGGGGACUCACUUUUAGCAGAUCGUAUAUAUAAAGAUUGUGGGAUUAGAGUGAACUAUCAUGAGUUGAAAGCAGAUUUAAUUCCUCUUGACAUUCAUGAUUUUGAUGUUAUUUUGGGGAUGGAUUUUCUAUCUAAUCACCGUGCUUCAAUUGAUUGUUUUCGUAAGGAAGUGGUAUUUAGAAGCCCAGGGGAGCUUGAAAUUGUUCUCACUGGAGAGCGCAGAAUUUUGCCAUCUUGUGUAAUAUUUGUCCUGGAUGCUCACAGAAUGCUCAAAAAGGGUUGUGAUGCAUAUUUGACCCAUGUAAUUGAUACUCAGAUUACAAAGCGGGCUAUUGAUGAUAUAUCAGUUGCACCUUACAGAAUGGCUCCAGCAGAGCUAAAGGAAUUGAAAGUUCAGUUGCAGGAUUUAGUUGAUAAGGGUUUCAUUAGACCCAGUGUAUCUCCAUAG